GCCUCCUCCCUUGUGAAGAAUUCUCCUUCUGAAUGACAGUGUAGGGAGACUCCCAGGUUCUCUUUGGCAGCAGGCAUCUUGCUUUCUUCCACAGACAAACAGGAAAUGGCGAUCACCGCUUCUAGACUGGGUGACGCAGAACUGCCCGUCGCUCCUGUCAUCCAGGCCCCUGGCCCAAUGGCAGGCUGAAUCCCCCCUACUCCAGCCUGCUCCCGCCUCUUCUGCCCCUGGUGCUCCGCGCUACCUGCUGCCGCGCGCCACAUCCAGGGCAGAGAGGCGGGUGCGCGGGCGGGCGGCGGGCACCAUGCGGGGAGGCUGUCCCCAGGGGUGGGCAGCACCACUCUCUGCUACCCACCUGGCGCUGUGAAACCUGCGUCGCCACCAUGUUCCCCAGCCCUGCGCUCACACCCACGCCUUUCUCAGUCAAAGACAUCCUGAACCUGGAGCAGCAGCAGCGUAGCCUGGCGUCUGGGGACCUGUCUGCGCGCCUCGAGGCCACCCUGGCCCCUGCCUCCUGCAUGCUGGCCGCCUUCAAGCCCGAGGCCUACUCUGGCCCCGAGGCGGCAGCGUCCGGCCUGGCAGAGCUGCGCGCGGAGAUGGGCCCCGCGCCUUCGCCCCCCAAGUGCUCUCCUGCUUUCCCAGCCGCCCCCACAUUUUACCCGGGAGCCUACGGUGACCCUGACCCAGCCAAAGACCCUCGGGCGGAUAAAAAAGAGCUGUGCGCGCUGCAGAAGGCAGUGGAGCUGGACAAAGCCGAGACGGAUGGCGCCGAGAGACCACGCGCACGGCGGCGACGGAAGCCACGCGUGCUCUUCUCGCAGGCGCAGGUCUACGAGCUGGAGCGGCGCUUCAAGCAACAGCGGUACCUGUCGGCGCCAGAGCGCGACCAGCUGGCCAGCGUGCUGAAGCUCACGUCCACGCAGGUCAAGAUCUGGUUCCAGAACCGUCGCUACAAGUGCAAGCGACAGCGGCAGGACCAGACUCUGGAGCUUCUGGGGCCGCCGCCGCCGCCCGCGCGCAGGAUCGCGGUGCCCGUGCUGGUGCGCGACGGGAAGCCCUGCCUGGGGGACCCCGCGGCCUACGCUCCCGCCUACGGCGUGGGUCUCAAUGCCUAUGGCUACAACGCCUACCCCUACCCCAGCUACGGCGGCGCGGCCUGCAGUCCCGGCUACAGCUGCGCCGCCUACCCCGCUGCGCCCCCCGCCGCGCAGCCCCCCGCCGCCUCCGCCAACAGCAACUUCGUGAACUUUGGCGUCGGGGACUUGAACACCGUGCAGAGUCCCGGGAUGCCGCAGGGCAAUUCGGGCGUCUCCACGCUGCACGGCAUCCGAGCCUGGUAGGGAAAGAGCCCGUUUGGGGCGCCCCGGAACGACUCCCACCUUUAGGAGAAGGGCGAUGACUCCGGGGAUGGGAAAGCUCCCACUAUGCCCUGUCCCUCAGAUUUCACACCCACCCUCGCGCAGGCCUGGGACCUUUCUCCGAUCCAUCCCACUUUAUUGACGUAGCCUGGUGUCUCGGACCUGGCAGAGCCCUUCCAGGGUCACGGGCACUUUCGACGGAUUCCACACUAGGACCGGGAGCCUGGGCCGGGCGCCCGGGCCCUGGUUGUCUUGCCGUCGCCCACCCACCCGUAUUUAUGUUUUUACCUGUUGUAAGAAAUGAGAACCCUCUUCCCAUUAAAGUGAGUGCGCUAACGCA